AUGAACGGACCAGCACCUGCUGGUGGCUUUGGCGGAGCAGGAAAUGGGUUGCAGCACGAGAACCAGAGGUUGUUCCAGAUUGUGCUUCAUGAGUUGAAGCAGAACUGGAAUCCGCAAGGAUGGCAGCGGGAGAUGCAGCCAACGGAGCGGGCUAGUACCAUCAUUCAGAUGUAUGUUGCCACACGUUUCCCAUCAUGUUUUUCUGAGACCAAAACUUCCGCCUCGGUUUUCGCGGGUCUUUACGCGUCGCCUUUGGAUGCCCUUUGUUGUCCGGCCUAACGCUGGGGGAAGCUCUGACAUUAUUACUUUGGUACUAAUUCUUCGAUAAAUAGCGCGUCCUCUCUCCGACUUGUGCGGACGGAUGUAGAACAGGGUCAAGCGAUCCAAAUUGCGACAGGUUUCGAACGAACGACUUAUGAAAAGUCACAAAACAAGGUGGGUUGGAUCUCCCGACUUGCAUAUUUCUUCUUGUGAUGUAGCGUGCUUACUGCCCUUGCGUUCGCCACAGGAAGAGUACCGAAUUGCGUGUCGUACCAAGUUGCUUAGGAUAUGCGAAUCGAGAAAGAAGCAGAUGGCCGAGGCUGAGAUGCGGAUGAGGAAUAAUUCGCAAGGUGGGGCGAUGUUUGGUGUCGGCGCACACGGGAACAUGAACAUGAACAUGGACCAAAUGACGCUACAGCAGCAGGCGCAUGCAAUGGCUCAGCAACAGCAGCAGCAGCAGGCAUUACAGCAGCAGCAGCAGCAACAGCAACAGCAGGCACUGCAGCACCAGCUUCAGCAACAGCAGCAGCAGCAACGGCUCCAGCAACAGCAGUAUCAGAUGGCUGUGUCUGCUGGCGCUCCCGCACCCGUCGUGGCUCCGCAAGGCCAGGCUGAGCAGGGACCUGACCCUAAUAGGAUCAUUGUUACGAUCAUGCGAUCCAUUGCCGAUAGAAUUGGGCAAGCUCAGCUCCAUAAUAUGAAUAAUAAUCCUCCGGCGCAUAUCCGUGAACUUGCCCGGAAAAUGCAAUUACCGCCAGCGCAGGCAUACUUGCGACAACAAGCACUCUUGAUGUACAAGCGGGGGAUGAGCCAACAAAACCAGCAAGCGGCAGGUGCGAUCCAGGCGUCCGCAGCUCAACCGGGGGUACCAGGCCCAGCACCGCCAGGGCAACAGUUUGCUCGACCCAUGGCCCCAGGGGUUGGGGGACAGCAGAACCCUCUUCCGGACAUUUUGAGGACAGCGCAGGAGUAUGAAGCCCAGCAAGAGGAGGCCAAAAAGCGAGCAAGCACGGGAGCGGAGGUGGUCCCGAUGUCUAAAAAUUUGGGGUCGCAAUUUUCAUCGAAUUCUGUGGCACCGAAUUCUAUGGCAACAGCGAGCAUGGGAAAUCCGGGUCCACAAGCACAGGUCGAGCAAUUCCAUAGAAAUGCAGCAGCCGCCCAGAACAAUGCACAAGCUCGUGCUCACGCCGCUCAAUUUCAGUCAUUAAAACCGCCAAACGCCUCUUCGAGCCAGGGAAACCCGGCGAUAAAUAUGCAGCAACAUUCACGGUAUCCACCCCAACAGCCGCAACCGCUUGGACUACAACAGCCCAAUAUGAAUCCGGCGAGUCGGCAGCAGCAGUCGCAGCAGUCGCAGCAGCGGUCGGGGGCUAUCCCUCCGGCCUUUGAUGGUCUUCCGCCGAGUCAAUCUGCCCUCGUAAAAGCGAGGUAUGAAGAAUACUUCCAGAAGAUGCAACGACAGGCCGCACAAGCAACUGCUCCACAACCGCAACAGCAGCAGCCGCCGCCGCAACGGCCCACUCCCAAUAUGGUCAGGCCUCAAUCGGCACAACGUGUGCCACCACCCCAGCCUCCCGCUCGGAACCAACCAGGUCAGGAUUUCCCGCCAACCCAACAGAAACAGCCACAAAAUGCUGCCCAGGCCCCACAGCCACCUCAGCCAGGACAGGCUCCGACACUAAUGCCGCUGUCUCCCCAAAAUCUUGCCAUGAUGGACACAAAGGAGGUGCCGAGGGGUAUAUUGGGGCAACUGGGUGCCACGAUACCAAAGGAGUAUAAGACAUGGGGUCAGGUAAAACAGUAUCUGAAGGAUGCGCCUCCUGGGUACCACGAGGCUCUUCGGAAUCGACAAGCCCACCAUUAUGCAUUACUUGUACGGAAUAUGCAGAACAGGGGCGCUUCCGGGGGUCCCGGUGGCCCAGCUGUACCCGGCCAACAGGCGCAGCAGCAGCAACAACCCUCAUCGCAAGUGCCUCAAGCAUCUCUGCAGGUGAAUCAACAACUCCCCCAACAACAACAAAUGCCUGUUGGUGUAGAUGCCCAGCAAAGGGCGCCAGCAGACCCAUUAUUCACCAUUCCUGGAGGAGAUAUCACGCGGUUGACCAGCGGUCAACUGAAUCAGUUGCAGAAGCUUGCUUCGAUGGGUCGUUUAAAGCCUGAUGAUCAGCAUCAGUUGCAGCAACACAUUUGCCGACUGAAGGAAUUGCAUCAGUUGCGCCAAAUGCCCCAGGCUCGGGCAGGGACAGCUCAUCCGCAGAAUGUUGGGCCGAAACAACCCGCUCAGCAACCUCCACGACCGCCUGCACCACCGCAAGCACCCAUCGCCCGCCCUCAGCCACAACGACCACCGCCGCAGCAGGCCCAACAAGCACAGCAACAACCUGGAUCGGGCGACUCCCCCUCGGCGUUGAAGAAGAUGAGGCGCGAGAGAGACCAGGGUGAGGGUGACUUGGUGGUACUGGAUCAGAAGCAAGCUGUGCAGCAACAACCUCAGCGGCCUGGGCCGGAUAGACCACAGGGACAACAACCGGCCGGCCUGUCUCAGUUCUCGAACCAGGCUCAGCAACAGGCCCAGAAGCUGAAUGCUCCUCAAAAAGCCCCCAUGCAAGGAAAUGCCGCCCAGCACGGUCAGGCUGUUUCGGAAGCGGCGGCGGCCAAGCAAACAGUCAUGGAGAAGGAGCAACAGCAGGGACAGAGCUCUCACCAACGAAUGCAGAUGAGCGGGUUGAUGAAAUUGCUUGAGGAAGAGAAGAAUAGCCAUGAGAGUCGAUUGCCGCUUCAGCUCGAUGCUAACGAGCGAGGCCUUCUUCGGCAACAGCUGGGUGAGGAGAGUACGAAGAAUAUGAUUCGCCGUACGGAUCAGUUGCUACCAAUUUUUAUCAUGCUGGGUGGGCCUGAUAAGCUUACACGGGACCUUGUUCGAACGGUAUUUAACAAAAUCGCUCACCCAACCAUUUUGACAUUGCUGAUUUGCUCUUAGAAAAACUUGCUCGCGUCGCAGUAUCAUCCUAGCGGAGAUCCUAAGGAUGUCUUCACCUUAAACUUGAAGGAGUUUACCGAGUCCCGUGGAACCCUAACGAAAUACUUUAGCUAUGUUAAGGUCAAUAUGCAAAAUAUCUCCAGUAGGGAUCCGGAGAAGGGCAGGGAUAUACAGCUGCGGGCACUUAAUUUCGCCAAUUCGAGUGGUGGUACAUUCCCAGGGCCUCGUGCUCCUCCUGCAAGCACGCUACAACAACCGCAGCGGGCCUCGCUUCCUCAGGCUCAGGCCCAACAGCAUCAACAGCUACAAGUACCUGUUCCACCAUCAAGCGAGAACGUGUUGAGCGCUAGAAAUCUUGAGAAGCAGACAAAUCUGUUGGCGCUCGAGAGAUCCCAGUCGCUACAAUCACGGGGGGCUCAGAUCAAUUCACGUGUUCAACCUGUCGGCUCAAUGUCUCCGGACGGCCCCGCGCCUAUCGAUAUCAAGCCAAGAAUCAGUGUUGAUGAUCUGAAAUUUCCGCCAACCCGCAAGAAGAGACCGCGAGAAUCGGAUAUUGUGGAGCCUCCUAAGGCGAAACCUCUCCCGGAGCAAAGGACAUUCAAGUGCGCUCAGCCUGGCUGUGAAGUUGGGGGUAAAGGAUUCGUGACCAACCAGGAGCUUUUGGACCAUCAGCGGUGGCAUGAGAGGGAGAGACAGAGAGCUAUUGAGGAGGCGGAGAAGAACAAGAGGAAGCUCGAAAACCCUCUUGAGUACCUUUUGAGCUCUGCGCGGGAUAUAUGCGGUCUUGGUGAGGAUGGAAAGCCUAGAGAGAAGAAGGAUGAAUGUGUUGUUGCCAUGAAGGAUGACACCCCUUCGGGGGCCGCCGGCGCAACUCCCCAGGUCAAAGCUGGGUCGACGCCUCUUCCCGCCAAUACUCCCCUGAACAUGAGAUCUGGGCCUACCCCUCUCCCAUCCGGAAAAUCGCCCGCUCUCCCCACCUUCCGUACCCCGCAUCCCGCGAAUGCUAAGACGCCUGGCAGUGCUGGAAGAUCUACCUCUGGAAUCAAAACUAUGACGAAAGAGGAUCAUCAAUUCCAGUACCAUAACGAUCAAAUCCCAACUCCCCCGGGCAGCAAUGCUUGGGAAGUCACUUCCAUGUCCCCCGAUGUUCUCCGCCAAUGCUUUGACGGGAUUCCCGAGCAAACAUCUGGCUUAUCGGCUUUGUAUCCUCCGAUAUUUACUCCCGCCUACACACCCAGCCCGUCCGAUGCCGAAGGUGGUGAUUCGAUGUCAGAUAAUGUCGGUGGGGGCUACGAGGAUUGGAAUCCGUUUGGCUGCAAGGGGACUCUAGGCGAUGAGGUGCUUCAAGAGGUUGAGUGGGAUAAUCAACCGACUUCUACAGGCGCGGGCAAGGAUUGGGCUUUGGAGAGUGGAUACCGCAUGAAUGCUAGUGUUCUUGCGUAAUCCUUUUCCUUUUUCUUUACCCACGCAUUUACCUGGUUAGCAUAGGCCUUUGUAUUUUUUACCCUUUUUACUUUGUUUUCUUUAAUCAUCAUAUCCGCACCCUUAAUCAGCAUGGAACGCGUUCUCGUUCAUGGGGUUUCGUGUUUUUUUUUUCGGUCGGGCUGGGCUCUGUAAAGUUAUAUUCUGUUUUCUGUUUGUUCCGUGACAAAAGGGAAGGGUCUGAUUGCUGGUUACUCCUUAUGUGGCGCUUGUCUCUUUUUCUUCUAUCCGGUUGUCGUAUCUUACAUCUUAAAGAUAUGGGGGUUCCUUCCCUCCAUAAAAUUUCCUCUUUUCUCUUAUUUCUUGUUUGCUCGUGUGAUCUUUACUUACCGGGAACUGGUGGGAUGGCGUUUUUUCUUCCCUUUCUUCCUUUUUCACCUUUGUGUCUGUGAUAAAAUUCGGCCCAUUUAUCUACCAUCUUACUAUCAUACUAUUAGUUUAUAUUUUAUUUUCAUUAGCUUAAAAAGUCCUCUCUUGCUUUCUUGCACUCCCUUCGUCCUCCACCCGUAGUAGCGGGGAGGGGGGGGAGUUACUUCGUUGUACAUUUCUCUUUCAUUUCCUCUUCCCCUUUCCUGUUAUUUUACGAUGCUGGUCUGGUCUAGUAUAGUCUAGGUAGUGCCCGAGAACGGUCGCUGAGAGGGGAAAGGAAAUCGGAUUUUUACUA